AUGUAUAAACAAUAGAGCCUAAGAAAUUUAUUUCUUCGAACAAAUGGAUUAAUAAGAAUUAGACCAAAAGUAAGAGUAACAGAUAAUUACACAUUAUCACUUGUAUAUACACCUGGAGUUGGUCAUAUUUGCAAAGUAAUUGAAAGUGAUCCAGAUCAAUUAUAUGAAUUGACAAUCACCAACAAUUCUAUUGCCUUAUUAUCAGAUGGAUCAAGUAUAUUUGUAAAUUAUCUAGAAUUUAACCUUGCAAAACCAUAAAAAAUUAUUCCAAAUUUAGAAGCCAUCAGUGCACUCUACAAAGCCUUUUAUGAUAUUAAUGCUUACCCAAUAGUAUUAAAUAGAAAUAUAAUGCCAGAUAUUUCUGAUUAUAUGUUAGUAAUUGAUAAUUUGUCUCCAACAUAUAAAGUAUAGAAUUUAUAUAUAUGAAAUUAGACUAUUGUAUUAAUAGAUAUUGAGAAAAGUUUGGCAAAUUAAAUUAUAUCAGCAGUAGAGAGAACAAAGAUGGAUUGUAGUGUUAUAAUCUCUAAUUCAGAUGAUCUUAGAGAAUAAUUGUAUGAUGCUGCAUUGAUUAAGGCUACAUUAGAUUGUAGAUCUAUUUUAAAACCUUCUUAAUUGGAAAUAGUAAGGAAAGCAAUAAUUUAAAUAGAAUUUAAAAGAUUACCAAAUAAUUUAACUGAUACUUUAAAUUCUGCUUAUGCUGAAGGUAUAUUAGAAAUUUAUAAAAAUAAAUGGUAUCAUCACACAAUAAGAAAUAUUGAACCUGACUAAUUUAUAAAACAACUUAAUGAUCUCUAUAUUUAUGGAGAUAUAGCAUAAUAUAAUAAAUGGUCAGAUGGACAUUUACUUUAAAAAAAUGAUUUUUAUUAAAAUGCUUUGGAAUUACAUAAAAGAUAUAAUGGAAUGAUUACAAUAGAGUUAAAGUUUAAUCCUAGAUCAUUAGAAGAUUUAUUUAAGAUUUAUGAGUCAUCUUAUAGAAGAGAUGAACUAGGAUAAUUGCGAUAAAUGCUUAUUGAUGAUUCAAAUAAAUUAAGAGAGAUAACAUUUUAAAAAAAUUAUGCAGCAAUUAUAACAAAUGGAACAGCUAUUUUAGGAUUAGGAAAUAUAGGUCCAGCUGCAGGAUCACCAGUAAUGGAAGGAAAAUCUGUUUUAUUUAGUGCUUUAGGAGGUAUUGAUUUAAUGCCAAUAUGUUUAAAGGAAAAAGAUCCUUAAAAAUUAGUUAAGAUUAUAAGAUUGUAAUAAUAAUAAAUUGAUAUUAAUUUUAGCAUUGCUCCAAUUUUUUCAGCUAUUAAUUUAGAAGAUUUGAGAGCACCUGAUUGUUUUCCUAUUGAAGAAGAAGCUGUACAUAAUCUUCAUAUACCAUUAAUGCAUGAUGAUUAACAUGGUACUGCUGUUGUCAGUUUAGCUGCUGUUAUUAAUUAUAUAAAAUUGACAAAAAAGAAUAUCAAAGAUCUUAAAUUGGUAAUUAAUGGUGCAGGGUAUCAAAUAUUACCAAUUUACUAAUUAGAGCAGCUGGAGUAGCUAUUUGCAAAUUACUACAUGGACAUGGCAUUUAAGACAUUAUUAUUUGUGAUACUACUGGUAUCAUUUAUGAAGGAAGACCAUCAAAUAUGAAUGAAUUUAAAAAUGAACUAGCAUCAUUUACAAAUAAGAAUAAAAUUAAAGGAAUUUUGACAGAUGCAGUUAAAGGAAGAGACUUAUUUGUAGGUGUAUCAACUGCUGUAAUAUAAUAUCUGAUUUUAAUAGGGAGCUUUGACUAAAGAAAUGAUUAAGAGUAUGAAUAAGAAUCCAUUUAUUCUUGCUUUGGCUAAUCCUGUACCUGAAAUAAUGCCUGAUGAAGCUAUUGAAGCUGGAGCCUUUAUUAUUGCAACUGGAAGAUCUGAUUUCAAUAAUUAAGUAAAUAAUUCACUUGCUUUUCCUGGUAUUUUUAGAGGAGCUAUUGAUACUAGAGCAAGAGAAAUUAAUUUAGAAAUGAAAGUAAUUAAAUUAAUUAUAAUAAUUAGAUUGCUGCUGCUUAUGCUAUUGCUAAUAGUAUAAAAGAUUCUGAUCUUUGUUCUACAAGGAUAUUACCAAGUGCAUUGACAGCAGAUAUUCCAGCUAAUGUUGCCAAAGCAGUUGCAAUUGCUGCAAUGUAGACUGGUGUAGCAAAGAUCAAUAUUGAUCCAGAGAAAGUUUUCGAUUAGGCUAGGAAAUUAAUAAUGGAAGGAAAUAUGCCAUCUUUGUGA